AUGCCAUCUAAAGAACCUCGCAAGAGAAAGCAAUCCAUCGAUGACACACGAAGUUGUUACAGUGACACAGAAUACGAGUGGCAAGAGGGCGAGUAUUGUGAAGAAGUCCCGAAACCAACAGCGACAGUGACUACAUCACAGACAGUCAAACUGAGACAGAAACCACAGUCUCAAUCACCUCCCUCCUUGAAUAAUACCAUAGACCAAGAAAUACGAAGCCGAGCGGUACGAAGAAAGUACCCGAAUAUCGCCCUAAUUCCCCAAGUUACAAUGGACCCUCCGGCUACCAAAUCACCGGAAAUUAUGAUGUUAGCAUUAGUAUUAGACUCUUUAACAAACGUCAGACCCGUGGUGGUCCGCAUAUUGAGGUGGAUAAAUUAG